AUGACCACUUUGCAGGUGCUAGACUAUGUAGUAAAAGCUCAUACUAUACUUGAUCUACUUCAUGGACCAGUAGCAAUAGUGGUUGAAUGUAAAAGGGCCACAAUAUUAGCAUCUAAACUAUACCUAUGGCAUUCUUGGCUCUUAAAGGAUGAGUCAAGAGGGGUUUCUCCUCAACUACUAUUAAAAUCAUGGAAGAAGUUAAGGGAAGUAGGGUUGGAUUUCCUUAUAGCCAAGGGAAACAAUAUGACAGAGUGGUGCACUAUGUUGGUGACAGCAGAACUAGAGAUGGUAUUGCUCAAGGUCAUGAUUGAAAAGACAAGUUAG